UCAGAAAUACUUAUAUCCAGAAUAAACCGUCCAACUGAAGCAGAGAGAUAAAGAACAUGAUCACAAUCAUCAGUUUUAUGCUUUAUUGUCUGUUUUUGUGCUGCUCGGUUUUCUCUAAUGCUGAUACAGAGGUCUCCUGUCGGGUCAACACGACUUGUAUCUUACCCUGCAGUUUCACAGCUCAUGAUGACGUUAUCAUCCACUGGAUUAAAAAGACUCCACCAGAGUCCGGGGUUCACUCCUACUAUAGCAAACAAGACCAACUGGGAAAGCAGCACCAGAGGUUCAGAGGAAGAACAUCACUGUUUGAGGACCAGCUCUCCAGAGGAAACGCUUCACUGCUGCUGAGAGGAGUGAAGGUUCAGGACCAGGGCAGAUAUCUGUGUAACAUCAGCACCAUCACUGGAAAUAAGGAGAACUUCAUCAACCUGAGUGUGAACGACUGGACUGGAGUUAUUGCAGGAGUGGUGGUGGGUGCGCUGCUGCUGCUGGUGGCCUUGGUUUCUGGAGUUGUUGGUUACAAAUACAGGAAAAGGAGGAAAAAAAUAGAAGAAGAGAAGGUUCUGGAUCAGUUGAGCAUGGAGGAGCAAGACUCAAGAGAAGGGGUUCGUCAGAGACUGAUCGAUGAAGCUAUGAAGGACCCAAGAGAAGUUCAAUUCGUUGGUUGUGAACUCUCAGAGACUCACUAUGAAGUUAUUGCGUCCGCUCUGAAGUCCAACCCCUCCCAUCUGACAGAACUGGACCUGAGCCAGAGCAAGCUGGAGGAUUCAGGAGUGAAGCUUCUGUCUGAUGGACUGGAGAGUCCAAACUGUAGACUGGAGACUCUGAGAUUGGAAAACUGCAGUUUGUCUGAGAUGAGCAGUUCUUCUCUGGGCUCAGCUCUGAAGUCCAACCCCUCCCAUUUGAAACAUCUGGAUGUGAGCAUGAACAAGAACCUGCAGGAUUCAGGAGUGAAACAUCUGUGUGGAUUUCUGGAGAGUCCAGACUGCAGACUGGAGACUCUGAGAUUAGAGGACUGCAGUUUGUCAGAGAUCAGCUGUUCUUCUCUGGUCUCAUCUCUGAAGUCCAACCCCUCCCAUCUGAAACUUCUGGACCUUAGUGAGAACGACCUGGAGGAUUCAGGAGUGGAACAUCUUUGUGGAUUUCUGGAGAGUCCAGACUGCAGACUGGAGACUCUGAGAUUGGAGGAGUGCAGUUUGUCAGAGAUCAGCUGUUCUUCUCUAGUAUCAGCUUUGAAGUCCAACCCCUCCCAUCUGAAACAUCUGGACCUGAGCAGGAACAACAACGUGCAGGAUUCAGGAGUGGAACAUCUGUCUGGAUUUCUGGAGAGUCCAGACUGCAGACUGGAGACUCUGAGAUUGGAGGACUGCAGUUUGUCAGAGAUCAGCUGUUCCUCUCUGGUCUCAUCUCUGAAGUCCAACCCCUCCCAUCUGGAACUUCUGGACCUGAGUGGGAACAAGCUGCAGGAUUCAGGAGUGAAACAUCUGUGUGGAUUUCUGGGGAGUCCAGACUGCAGACUGGAGACUCUGAGAUUGGAGAGCUGCAGGUUGUCGAAGAUCAGCUGUUCUUCUCUGGUCUCAGCUCUGAAGUCCAACCCCUCCCAUCUGAAACAUCUGGACCUGAGCAGGAACAAGAACCUGCAGGAUUCAGAUGUGAAGCAGUUGUCUGAUCUGGUGAAGAGUCCAGACUACAAGCUGCAGACUCUCAGCUGGAGAUAGUGAGAGUGACCAGGACGGAUGAGUCGUGUCCUGAUGGUCCAUGGAGGUUGAAGCAGCACCAGUUUGUGUGGACAGACUCUGACUGGACCGUGAUGAUGAAGAUGAAGAUGUACAUAGUUUCAGUUUGUUUCUGACUUCCAACAUUUUACAAACUUCUCAUAUAUUCAUGUAUUUCAUGUUCAGUCAAAAAGCCUUUUAUUGUCAUAACGUCGUUAAAAAACAGUAAAACAAAAUUAAAGUGCUGCUCCCUAAAAACCAAAUUAAAUUUAUGUCCCAACCACAUCCGUGCACUCCCCAUCCCACCAAUAAAUACCUAAACAGGAGAUAAAAACAUGCUGAGACAAUUGUUUAUUAACAAUCAACAGAAACAGAAUACAAACACACUAUUCACAGGUUUUUGCACAUCAGCUGAUUAUUAAAGUUGGUAGAAUAAAAGGGAGGAAAACAAAUUAAUGUACAGAUCAGAAGUUUCAUGAUCCUCCAAACACCAAGGAAAAGGAUGAAGAAUUCCUGUGAUUUCUUUUUAUUUAAAUGUUUCCAUUUCAUCCCAAGUUUUCUUUUUGUUCUCGUUGUGUUUUCAGCUUCGUCAGGUUUAUUAAGUUUCUCUCUGAGUUACUGAUUGAGAGAGAAAGUGAAAAGAUCAGUGAAAAAAGCUGUGUUUGUACAUGAAACGUGAAACAAAUUAACUUGACUUGGUCAAUUAAUGUCACUCGGUUUGUUCCAGAAAUAUUCUCAAUGUUUUCUUUUCACUUGUAUCCAGUUGUGGCUUAUUGAAACACUCUCAUGUCUGUUUG